CUCUUAUAAAGAUGAUCUUUUGUGUGUGUGUGUGAAUAUCGGCAAUUCCCUAAAAAAAAUUGUUUGAUGACCGCAAUAUUGAAACAAAAGUUUAACAAUAAAAUUGCUAAAGAUAUUGUCUUUGUAUCAGCAUUGGUCUCUGGUAAGCCAUGGCGGCCGCUUGCAAGGUUUUCAGAUGGUUUUUCUUUUGCGGGGAGGAACGUUGGUGUCCAGCCGGUCAAUGGGCAUCGUCUGCUAACAAUUACCCAGCGGACCGAUGGAGAUUGUUGUGUUGGAUCUUCCUGCAUACGUUUGUUUGGUCCAGAACUAGCCACACUUUGUUCAACUUCGUGGCCGUCAUCUUCCUCAUUUGCUGCGUGGGGAUCGCCGUCACAGCCCACACGAUGGGCAAUCACGACGUCCGGGGCGCCGUGAGAGGAUUUUUCGCCCUGCUGGUGAUUAACGUCGUCAACGGCGGACUGAUAUUGGUGACGUCACAUCGGGCCUACAUCGCCUAUGAACAUUUGCUGAGGAAACUGCUCUUGAAAGAAAGUGAACUCCGGAUUAUGGGAAUUCCCAGCACUUACGUCACUAUCUUCAGCGUCACCAUGGCGACCCUGAUCAUUAGAGGAAUUCACAGAGAGCUGUUCCAUAAACCCAAACAGCAGCAACACUAAUUAGAUGAAUCAACAAAAAAAAUACAUAAAUAAAUGUGUGAAAU